CCCCCCCCCCCCCGCCAUUUGCAUUCCUAUCAUAUGGAUUCUUCUUUGUUGUGGGUGCUCCGGAUACAGCAUUGUCAACUAUAGCUGUUUUGAGUGUUUGGAGCAUUGCAGAAUUUGUGUGCAUAGAAUGGGUGUUAAUGGUAAUGUUCAUGGGAAUGGUGAAGGAUCAUCAGAUGUUUCAGCCACCGAGAAAGGAAGUAGGAAUAAGAGGAAGCUCUUAUCCGAUUUAGUACUAGACAAUCCAAUUGAUGUAUCAACCUUUUCUCUGACAGAAUUCCCAAGAUAUGAGUUGUUGGAGGAAAAAUUUCGGAAUGCAUUGAGUGAGUUGGGGUCACUUGUGUCGAGGUCGGAAAAGAUUGUUGCGGAACCGGAAGUGGAAGAAUUCCACCCCUCCGAUUGGGAUGAUCCUUUUACAUGUCAGCUCGAGAAAAUUUUAACUAGCAAUUUACUUGCAACUUUCCGCAGUGCAGUGAAGAAGAUUGUUGAAUGCGGAUACAAUGAGGAAACUGCCGAGUGGGUCAUUUUAAAUUGCAGCAUAUACCAUGGUCGUAAAGAUGCAGUGUCAAAUGUUGUGGAUGGAGUUUUGGCUUUAUUGAAGAGGGAAAAGGAGUUCAAUUUUCCGAGGCUUCCUGUAUUUCAGGAUUUACAGAGUUUGGCAGAGUACACAAUGCUGGAAAUGAUACAUGUUGUUCGGGAGGUUAAGCCAUCUUUGACUAUUGUAGAAGCAAUGUGGCGUCUUUUACUAUGUGAUUUGAACCUCUUAUAUGCAUGCGCAGUGGAGCAAGAUUCUUUGGGUUAUAUUGGUGGUAUUUGUGGGCCAGAAGUUCUUGGAGGAAACUCUGAAUCAUCAUUUCCCGAAUCUAAACCCAAGCUGUCUGACACCAGCAGUUUAAUUACUAACAAACCACAUAAUCCGAAACAGUCAAUCCAAAGUUCUCAGCCCAAAAACCUUACUGCAGGAGCUGUCUCUCAGUUGCCAAACUCCAAAAUUUCCAGGUCUAGACCUAAGAAAGGAAGUUCGUCUUCUUUUCAAGAUGCAAGGGGAAAGUUUUCAGGCAUUACUAAGGAGCAUAUUCGGACUUCAUCCCAAGCAACAGUUUUGGAUGAAAAAUCAGGGGGUAGUAGAACAGGGUUGUCAGGUAAUUCCAAGAGAGACAUGCUUCGACAGAAGUCAUUUAACUUUGAGAAAAGUUACAAGGGUUGUGUGUCUAAGGGAGCUUUCAAAGCAAAGGUUGCUGCCUGGGGCAACAUGGUAUUGGACAAGACUUUGAAAUCACAAUCUGAUUCCUCUAGUAUCGCAAUGAAGAGUCAUCCUCCUUCAUGCACCUUGCCUGUUAAAGAUACAAGAACCUUGCCUAUUAAAGAUAAUGAUCAUGCAUUACCUGCAUUAUACGCUAAGUCUCCUGCAUCUUCAGAAUCCGAACUUUCUUCUAACACCAAAAUUGACAAAUCUGGUCCUUCUAGUGCUACUGAUUACUAUGCAGCAAUCCCAUAUGAUGAAUCUCUCCAGAAUUACAUUCCUCAAGAUGACAAAGAGGAAACCUUACUGAUACUAGUGCCUCAUAAGCAAGCACUUGAGAAGGAGCUCCAAGGUUGGACAGAUUGGGCCAAUGAGAAGGUUAUGCAGGCUGCUCGGAGGCUGAGAAAAGACCGAGGUGAGUUGAAAAUUCUGAGGCAAGAGAAAGAAGAGACUGAAAAAUUUAAGGAGGAGAAGCAAAUUUUGGAGGAGAAUACCAUGAAGAGACUUUCUGAAAUGGAGUAUGCAUUGUCUAAUGCCACUGGCCAGAUUGAGGUGGCUAACUCCGCUGUUCAAAGACUUGAAGAGGAGAAUUCUGUAUUGAGGAAAGAAAUGGAGGCUGCUAAACUGCAGGCUCUAGGGUCUGCUACUAAUUUGCAGGAAGCUAUGUUGAGGGAGCAAGAGGCUCUGAAGAAGUCCAAAUCCUGGGACAUGGAGAAGGAUUUGUUUCUCGAACAACGGACUAAACUAAAACGCCUUGCUGCUGAUCUGCAGAAUCAACUAAAAAAGACUAAAGAACGAAAGGACAAUUUCAAGAUUCUUUGGAGGCAAGAAGAACAAGAAAAAAGAACAGCUGUAUCGCACAUUGAUUCCUUCAAGAAGAAAAGAGAAGAAGAGGAUGCUUUAGCAAAGGCAGAGGAGGAUGACCUGAAACAGGUGGCGGAGCUUGAUGUCCAAAAGUGUAAAGACGACAUAAAAAAACUCGAGAAUAUGAUCUCUGAAUUGAGAUUUGAGUCUGAAGCUUCAAAAAUAGCUGCACUGAAAAGGGGAAUUGAUCCGGGUUAUGCCUCUACAUUUCAGGGAAGUCACGGUACAGGGUUCUCCACCUUUCAGGACAAAUUUGGGGCUGGAAGUGUCAAACCCGAAAGGGAAUGUGUUAUGUGUAUGACUGAGGAAAUUUCAGUGGUUUUCCUCCCAUGUGCGCAUCAGGUUCUUUGCACCCAAUGCAACGUGCUGCAUGAAAAGCAAGGGAUGAACGAUUGUCCUUCUUGCAGAACACUGAUCCAGAAGCGGAUCGCUGUCUGUUAUCGCAAUUAUUAGUAUCCUUCAAGAGUAUAUAGUCAGAAACUGGAGCCGGGUUGUUUGAGGAAUGAUACAGUGAUCUUUGUUCAAGGGGAGUUAAAAUCAUUUGACAUUUACUCAAUUUCAUCUGUCCCUAUCUUGUUAUGACUUUAUACCUUAUUAGGGAAAACAGGCUAGAAACUUUAGAAAAGGCAUAAAUAGAUAUUUUAGAAAGUAAUGCAAGGAUUUAACUUGGUCGAUUUGUGUUUACCAUGA